AUGAAUGCGUACGUUCUGUGGAAGAAUCGUGAGUACGGACAUGCCGACUUUCAAGUGCGAGUGCAGAUGUCGAACUUGUUCUCAAAGCGUAACUGUCGGGUGCGACGACGUCGAGGCAUCUACGCGGGUGAGGGCCUGUUCCCGGGAACGGUUCUGGUCAGUGGCCAGGAGUCGUUGCUCGAAACCGCUUCUACACACGUACCGAACAUCUUCAAGCAGACGGAGGUGAAGCUGGGUCGCGUGAACAAGGUGUUCGCAGCCACCUGGUUUGCCAACGACAAAAUCGUCAUGGGUACCAAAUGUAACAAGCUGUUGGUGCUGGACGUCAACAAGCGUGACCUGAUCACCAUUCCGUCGUUGAAGAGCUCGCUGAAGGCCAACUUCGUCGAUCAGAACUGUGGCAUACAUGCCAUACGCAUGAACCCUUCUGAAACGCUGUUGGCCACCGGCGCCGAAAACCCUGCCGAUGUCGCCGUCUACCGACUGCCAUCGUUCGAGCCGGUCACCGUCGGCGAAACUGGCCACUGCGACUGGCUGUUCGAUAUGCGAUGGCUGGACGACGAAUUCCUCAUUUCCGGUACGUUUCAUUAUUUUUUCUCUCUGUCACUACUCGCGCGUUUACAGCGUAAGCAGUACGCUCGAAUGGGCGUUUUUUGCGUUGUGCCUUACUUGACCAAAUGCGAUGGCCGCUCUUUUCAGGUCGUGACGUCUGUGUCGCUGAACUCGUACUUGCAUAUGCUUGAUCUGAACACUUUCCAACAGGUGUAUUUGAAAAAGCUGGAUAUGCAGCGGUUCAGUGAGUGCGUCUGCAUCUGUUACAGUCCGGACGACACGAUGUUGUGUGUCGGCUCGCGGUCGCGCUUCACGUUUUUCGACUCGCGCUCGCUUGAUCAACAACUGGACGUGCGAUUAAAUAUCGGUUUCGUUUUUGAUUUUAUAGCGUUGAUGCCGAGUGGCGUGCGGUCGAUCACUUGGAGAGGGCCGUUGAUAACUCUUGGCAUGGGCAGCGGCGAGAUUUUGUUUUACGACGUCCGAAAUUGUCAGUUUCUGUCGUGCUCGUGUCAUCCGUCUAAUACGCUUCGGAUCCGCGGAGGCUACCUGCAAGAAGACGAUGCGUACCAAGAGAUCUUCAUGAACUACUUCUGUUACAACGCGGUCUACGCCCACUGCUAUGACCCCAGUGGAAUCAGACUGUUCGCUGCCGGUGGUCCGAUCGCCGCGUCGCUUUACGGAAACUGUGCAUCAAUUUUGCAGUGA